AGUUAAGAGAUAGUUGUUGGAUUGCAUUAAUUUCAAUUUCUUAACUCUCUUGCUUUGGUUUUCAAACAUAUAGCUCUUCAACUACGUUCAGUGGCAUACACACAUACUUCUGAUUCAAAAUAUUUUGAAAUAUUAAUCAUGGGGGAUGCGGUUAUUUCUGCCCUUGUGAACGAGAUGGUGCGGAGAUUGACUUCUGCAGCUAUUGAAGAGGUUGGUCUACUUCGGCGGUUCAAAGGUGAUAUUUUGCGUCUCAAGGAAGAUUUCGAGCAGAUCCAGGCUGUUCUUGAAGAUGCAGAAGAGAAACACAUCAAGGAAAAGGCUGUAGAGUUAUGGCUUCGACGUCUCAGAUCUGCAUCCUUGAAGGUUGAAGAUGUGCUGGACGACAUCUCAACUGAAACUUUGCUACAACAUCUAAACAAAGAAAAAGGCAUCAAAUACAAGGUAAGAGCCUUAAUCUCCCAAUUUAAGUUUCGAGUUAGGGCUGCUCACAAAGUUAAAGCUAUAAGAACAAAACUGGAUGAGAUAGCAUCCAGGAGAUUUGAGUUAAACUUGAUCUCUAGUGACACAAGUCAUGUAGAUGUGGGAGUUGAAGGUGAGAUGCCUAGUAGGGAAACUAGCUCGCUUAUACUUGAUUCUUCAAAAAUUUUAGGAAGAGAUGAAGAGGUGGAGAAGGUUAUAACAAAGAUAUGCAACAAAGAUAUAGGAAAAUAUGAGAAUGGUGAGAUUCGGGUGUAUGGUAUAUGGGGUAUGGGAGGCAUGGGAAAGACUACUCUAGCUCAGUUAGUCUAUAACCAUGAGAGAGUUGAUCAAUAUUUCGACUUACGAUGUUGGGUGUAUGUCUCUGAAAACUUCCAAGUUAACGAGAUUAUAAAGAAAAUCAUCGAGUCCGUAGAUAAAUCUGGGUGUACACUUACACAGCUGAAUAUGUUGCAAGAAAACCUCCAAAACAAGUUAAAGGGAAGGAAAUUCUUAAUCGUACUAGAUGAUGUUUGGGCUGAAGAGAAUGAAAAGGAAAAGUGGGAAAUAAUAAGUGGAACAUUAAGUUGUGGGGCAGAAGGAAGUAUUGUUCUGAUGACAACACGGUCAGAGAGCUCUUGUCAAAUGAUGGCUAAGGUUGGUGAGCUACGACAUCAAUUGGAAUGUUUAUCAGAAGAGAACUCAUGGUUAUUAUUUAAGAAGCAUGCAUUUGCACAAGGAAGAGUGGGAGAUGACGUACGUAAGCUAGAGCCUAUUGGAAGGGAAAUAGUUGUGAAAUGUAAAGGACUGCCUUUGGCGGUGAAGACUUUGGGCAGCUUAAUGUGGUCAAAAAGUAGUAGCAACGACUGGCAACGUGUGAAAGACAGUAACAUAUGGAACUUACAAGAUAAUAAUGUCUUGCCUGCUUUAAAGUUAAGUUAUGAUAACUUGGCUCCACAUAUAAAGAGAUGUUUUUCUUAUUUUUGUUUGUUUCCUAAAGGCCACAAACUAAAAAAAGAUGAACUGAUCUUGUUGUGGGUAGCAAAUGGUUUCAUUCCGCCCGGAGAAGAAACAGACAACUUGUAUGUGAUAGGGGAAGAAAUUUUUAAUUGUUUGAUCUGGAAAUCCCUCUUCCAGGUUGAGGACGGUAUCCGAUAUCUGGAUGGUAUUGAUAGAUGUAAAAUGCAUGAUCUAGUGCAUGACAUGGCACGGCAUGUAAUGAAACAUGAUUGUUUAGUUAUAGAGCCUGCUUGUAACGAGGUUAAAAUCCCAGAUGGGGUGCUUCAUUUGAGCUCGUCAUGUCCGGAUGAGAAGUUAAAUUUAUCAUCUGAGGAUUUAGGAAAGUUAACAUCAUUAAGGUCAAUAUUCAUGUUCGGGGAGGGGGAUGAAGGUUGCAUUAGUCAACUUUUCAACCACAUGUAUGUAAGGGUAAUACACUUGGCUCUUAAGGGGUCAUGGACAUUACCUGAAUCAAUUUGUAAACUCAAACAUCUGAGAUACUUGAAUCUAUCAAAUUCAUGGAUAGGAGUUUUACCUGAUUCGAUUAUGUAUCUCCAAAACUUGCAAGUGUUGAUUUUAUGUUAUUGUAGCGAAUUGCGUAAGUUGCCUGAAUCAAUUUGCAAGCUCAGAUAUCUGAAAUACUUGACCUUAUUAUACUCGGGUAUAGAAGUUUUACCUGACGGCCUAAAAGACAUGAUUAGCCUUCAACGUUUGGACAUCAAUAGAUGUCGUUCACUCCGACAUUUGCCGCCUGGAAUCGGGAAACUAACUAGUCUUCGAAUGCUUCCAUGGUUUCCUGUUGGUAAGGAGAGAGGGGCCAAAAUAAGUGAAUUGGGGGAUUUAAAUCUUCUUGAGGGGAAGUUGGAGAUAUACGGACUUAAGAAUGUUGGAGGAUUAAGUGAGGCCAAGAGUGCCAAUCUCAUAUGCAAAUCAAAUCUGUCGAUUUUGGUGUUAGUCUGGUCGGACAGGAGUACCAUCUGGGAAGAAAGGACACCAGAAAUGUUUCCAUACAUCGAAGAAGAGGUUCUUGAGGGAUUAGAGCCUAAUCGAUCUUUAGAGAUAUUGAAAAUGUAUGAUUACAUGGGAAAGACCAUUUCUCCAAGUUGGAUGGACAAUUUAAGGAAUUUGGUUGAAAUUGUUUUCUCUGGGUGUAAGAACUGUGAGCGUCUUCCACCACUUGGGAGACACCCCAGUCUUAGGGUUAUUAAGUUGUGGGACAUGGAUUCUUUGAAGUGUUUUCAUGAUGACGAUAUAAACAUGUCAGCAGACAACACCGAUAUGUUUAUUUGUUUACAAAGAUUAGAGAUCAGCUGGUGUCCCAUGUUGGUUUCCUUGCCAAGUAACCUUCCAAACCUCAAGGUUUUAAAAGUAGACGGAUGUGGAGAAUUAAUUUCUUUACCAGAUAAUCUUCCAAAACUGGAGGAUUUGGAAUUGAGAAAGUGUGACAAAUUAAUUUCUUUACCAGAUAAUCUUCCAAAACUGGAGGAUUUAUUGUUAACAAUGUGUGACAAAUUAAUUUCUUUACCGUGUAACCUUCCAAGCAUCAGAAAGUUGGAAAUUGUAAAUUGUGAUGGAUUGCUUUCUCUACCGGAUGAGAUUCAGAGUUUCAAGGAUCUAAACAAACUUGAGAUAAGAAAUUGUUAUCAUCUAUGUAAAAGGUGUACAAGAAACACGGGUGAAGAUUGGCCUAAAAUUUCUCACAUUCCCGAUCUAAGUAUUAUUGAUGAUCCAGAGUUGAAAAUGUAUGACGAGUGUCAACUGUUACUGCGGCCUAUGUAUACAUAAGGAUCAAAUAUGGAUAAUGUGAUUUGUUGAUCAAUAUAAUGGAUUGAAGACUCGUGGUAUCCGUAUGCAAUUUCAGAAGUUUGUUUUUUACUUCAUUUUUUAUCAUCUAAAAAGUAUUUAGACAUUAAUUUGGAUAUUGUUGCUUAUUUUUAAAAUGUUGGAUAUUGUUGAAUUGUGUUGUGAAACGUUAUUUAGACUUUAAUUUGAAGUUGUU